ACCGGAAGUCGUAGCAGCGCCACCUAUAAACUCUGAAAGUUUUGAUGUUGGUGUUCGUAAUAUGUAAACGUGGCUGUUAUUUUCAUAUUUUACAAAACUGUUGAGUGGCAAUUUUCAGAAUCUAAGCUAUGACACUUAAGAAAAGAAAACGUGAAAGAAAGGAGCUGUUGUGAGGGCUCGUUGAGUGUCAGGCGGCGACGAUGGCUAGCCAAUCCCUGUCAGAAAGACAGGAGGAUGAAAUCCAGGCACUUUUGUCGAUUUUUAUGGAUGAUGCCAGUGAUCUAAGAGAACAGGAUGCGUGGAAGGUCCAGCGUCCACCAGAAAUCAAACUUACACUGCGCCCUCAGGAAAGCAUGGGGGGAGUUGACAGACCAGCAUAUGCACAGGUGGAUCUCAUCGUCAGGUGUUCCUGCAGCUACCCAGAUGACCCGCCUGACGUUCAUCUGGAAAAUCCAAAAGGCUUGUCCAACAAUCAGCUGUCAUCUCUUAGAGAAGAACUAAAAUCUCUUUCUAAGAAACUUGUGGGAGAGGUGAUGAUUCAUGAACUAGCUCAGCAUGUACAAUGGUUCCUCCACACAAACAACAAGCCCCCAACUCAAUCUUUCUAUGAUGAGAUGAUGGAAAACAAACGUAAACAGGAAGAGAUGGUUGCUCAGGAACAGCUGAAAAAGAUGGAACUGCAGAGGAGAAAAGAAGAAAAGGAGCGACAAAAUAUUGAAGAUGAAGUUUUGCGAAAACAAGCUGCAUUAAGGAUUGAGGUCAAGAAAAAAAGAGAUGAAAUUGAAAAGGACAAUAAGAACAACAGCAUGUCUGAGCCAACCACCCCUUCUUCCGAAGUAUUUUUCUUCUCCCCGAUCCAGCCAUUGCCUCAGGUGACAGGGAGGGACAUGCGGCGGUCAUCAGAAUCCCCUGUCUCCUCGAGGGAACGACAACAACAGAUAAACGGGAACACCAGGAGACAAAGGAGAACAAGCACACCAAAAAGAACAUCAGAAGAAGGAGACAAUCGACAUAAAACUCCCCCUGGUGGUGUCAUGGUGCUGGCGUUUAACACAAAGGGGGAGAGAACUGUUCAGAGGGGAAUGUGCCUUGAGCACAACCCAAAUGGCAGUACACUGUAUGCGGGAAUGGACACCAAUACAGGGACUUUGGUUUCAAUAUGUGAAUGGGUGCUGAAAUGGAGGCAUUUUGCUAACAAGACGAGUCAUAUAGAUAUUGAAGAAGAUAAGGAUGCCACUACUUACAUGAAACAAAUUCACAGCAUCGAGCAGGAACUCAUGUCUCUCAUCCGCCUGCAUCACCCGAACCUUGUUAACUACCUGGCCAUGCGAUAUCAGCAGGACCCUGGGAAAAUCACUGUACAUAUCCUCAGCGAGCUAGCUGGAGGCCAUAGUUUGGAGAACUACCUGAAGAAGAACCAAGCUAUGCCCAUGGAGUUGCUGCGUUCCUACACAGACGAGCUGCUGCUGGCUGUCGAAUAUCUCCACAACAAGGCAGUUGUACAUAAGGACCUUAGGGCUUCCAGCGUGUUUGUAGAUUUCUCAGGCAAGAUCAGACUGGCAGAUUUCAGCAUCAACAAAAGACUGUCUGACCUGUAUGAGACAGUAGAGCAGGCUCGACCAGGUGUUCACUUUCAGGAUAUACGUCCGUCCGUCAUCGGCAAGGGAGGCAAAAAGGCAGACAUCUUCCAGCUGGGCCUGAUGGUGCUGUCUCUGGCUGAAGGGCAGCGUGUCCAGGAUAUACAGCCAGUCAUUCCAACCACCCUUCCCGCCCAGCUACAUGACUUUCUCACCAAAUGCCUCAUGCAGGAUGAACGUCAUCGCUGGUCGGCUAGUCAACUUCUGGACCAUAACUUCCUUAAAGAACCAUUGCCAGGGACCAUUCCUAUCAGACCAGCUGACCAGGAACGUUUUCAGAAAGAUACCAAAGAACAGAACCAGAAUGAGGAUGAGGAGGACAAUGGUUGUCUCCCCUAUGUGCAUGUGACUGCCCUGGAGGCCACCGGACAGUCACGACUCACGGGGGAGUUUGAAAUACUCAAGUCACUAGGCAGGGGAGGGUUUGGGGAUGUGAUCAAAGUGAAGAACAAGUUAGAUGGACGGAUGUAUGCCAUCAAACGAAUACCCCUCAACCCCAAGAGUAAACAGUUCAACAAGAAGAUUACGAGGGAAGUAAAGCUGUUGUCAAGACUCAACCAUGAGAAUGUUGUCAGAUAUUACAACUCCUGGAUAGAAGUAAGCGAGGAACCAGCUCAGAGUGACACGUCCUCCAGCUACACAUCAAAGACAACCGAUUCAAGUCAGAAGAAGUCAGCUCCUUCAUCUAACAAUGAGCAAAACAGUUUCAAUGUAACAGAUGAUAUCGAGCGAGAGGCUCCCAAGGCCAUUGAAGGGUCCAUGGAAUGGAGUGUCAGUUUAGCAUUUGACACAGCAUGUCAGAAGUGUCUUGCCUCUGAUUCUGAUGAUGAUGAUGAAGAUGAGCAAGAUGUAUUUGGGAAGUCGUUCUUACCAGUUUUGGAUAACUCUGACAGUAUUGUGUUUGAGACUGAUGGUAUCAGUGAACCAGCUGUCACAGAAUCGGAAUUGAGUGUGAAGAACCUCCAGAAACAGGAGACAGCCAGCACCAACACACAGGAGUCCUUGAUAGAGAUUGUGCCCAAACUGCAGUACCUCUACAUACAGAUGGAGUACUGUGAGAAGAGCACCCUGAGGAACUGUAUUGAUGCCGGCCUGUACCAGGAUGUUACCAGGGUCUGGAGGCUCUUCAGGGAGAUCGUCGAAGGACUCAUUCACAUUCACGAACAGGGUAUGAUACAUCGAGACCUGAAACCAGUCAACAUCUUCUUGGACUCCAACGAUCAUGUGAAGAUUGGAGAUUUUGGUUUAGCGACCACUGAUAUCAUAGCUAAGAGUGGUUUGUUGGAUGCUAGUCUCCCUCAGACAUCAUACUCUGACACCAAUUUCCUCAGCUCAUCUCGGUCUGGGAGUCUGGGUGAUGGCAACAUGACGGGGCAGGUGGGGACAGCUCUUUACGUCAGUCCUGAAGUCAUGAGCGGGGGCGACAAGCUUCACUAUGAUCAGAAAGUAGACAUCUACAGCCUGGGUAUCAUCUUCUUCGAGAUGUGCUACAAGCCUCUCCCUACAGGCAUGGAGAGGGUGAAGAUCCUGGGCAGUGUGCGGGGCAACGUUGUCUUCUUCCCCGAGGACUUUGAUGAAAUAGAGAUGGCUAACCAGGCCAGUGUGAUGCGGUGGCUGCUCAACCAUGACCCUAGUCGGAGGCCCACGUCCAAGGAGCUUCUUCAGUCAGACUACAUGCCACCCCCUCAGAUGGAGGAGGCGGAGCUUAAUGAGAUCCUGCGCUCCACAAUUGCCAAUCCACAGUCCAAGGCCUACCAUCGGAUGAUGGAAGCUGUGUUUGGCCAGCAAGUCUCACCGGCCAGUGACCUCUCUUAUGAUCUGGAGCUGGUUAAGGGCAUGUUUACCCUGAAGUCCUCCCAGCUGCAGAUGUCUGUCCACAAUUCUAUAGAGCGGGUGUUUGAGCUACAUGGCGGGACCAAAGUAGCUACACCUUUCCUCAUGCCUCAGUCGGACCUGUACAAGAGCAACGACCAAUACGUUCGGCUGAUGGACCACAGCGGUGGCCUUAUUGGGCUGCCGUAUGAUCUCAGGGUUCCGUUUGCAAGAUACAUAGCACGGAACAACAUCCUGAACCUGAAGAGAUUCAGCUUGGAGCGGGUUUUCAGAGAGAAGAAAUUCUUUGGCCUGCAUCCACGUGAAAUGACAGAGUGUGCAUUUGACAUCAUCACUCCAACUCCAGGAAGCUUGAUCCCUGAUGCUGAGGUGUUGGUGAUAGUCCAGCACUGCAUCAAGGAGUUCCCUUCACUCCAUGCCCAGAACUGCUACAUCCGGAUGAACCACCACUGCCUGCUGAGGGCGGUGCUGCUCCACUGUGGGAUCCCGGAUGAGAAGCACAAGGCUGUCCUGUCUGUGCUGGCUGAAGUGCAGUUCAACAAGAUGGACCGUCAGACAGCCCUGGAGAGCCUGAGUGAGGUGAGCCUGACCGAGUCCAGUCUGGCCACCCUCACUCAGCUGCUGGACCUGGAGGGCCAGUACGGCAAGGUGGCAAGCAUCCUCCGCAUCAUCACCAAGACCAAGGGGCAGGCCAGCACAUUAGCUAAGCAGGGGCUGCAUGAGAUGGAAGCUGUGACGACCCAUGCUACUUUCAUGGGACUCAAACUGCCGAUUGUGGUGACAGUGGGCCUGAUGUACAACCACCUGCAGUACUCAGGGAUCAUCUUCCAGGUGUUGAGGGAUGUCAAGAGGAAGAGGAAGAGUGCUGCAGAGGUGCUGGCCGCAGGGGGGAGAUACGACAAGAUGAUUCAGCAGUUUGCUUCGCCGCUGCACCCAACAUCCCACAUCCCAUCCGGAGUUGGAGUCAGCAUUGCCUUUGAAAAAAUUGUGGCUGCAAUCACAGAGGAUCUGGAGCCACCAAGCCCAUAUGAUGUCCUGGUGUGUACCAUCGGCUGUAAGCCCAUGCUGAAGGAGAGACUGGCUGUAGCCAAGGAUUUGUGGUUAGGGAGACUCAAGACACAGGUUCUCUUCGAUACCAUGCAGAGCCUGGAGGAGAUCAGUGACUACUGCCGGGAGCUGGGCGUCUCCCACAUGGUCAUCCUGAAGGAUGCUGACACUGGAUCAGUCAAGGUACGCAGCAUCGAGAAGGAUAGGGUGACGGAGAGGAAGGUGCCUAUGUCCGAGGUUGUGGACUUUCUGCAGCAGAAGCAACAGUUCACAAAACAAGAGUCGAUGGAUAUGGCCCCUGGUAAUGAAAAGAAGAGUAACACCGGCCAGUCCAGCAACUACUCCGAGACCAAUCAGUCCAGCACCAACAGUAGCAGCAACAACAUCACCUUCAACUUCCUCUUUGUCAUGCAGGAGGGACGCAUCACCUCAAACAUCAAGAGGAAGUAUGAGUCCCAGAUGUUUAACAAACUGUCAUCAGCUUUGCAUUGGCUACCAGGGAAAUCUCACGAUGUAAUCGUUGUUGAACUGAACAGGGCAGUGCUGAGCAUCAUAGCAGCGUACCUCGAGUUAAAUGGCAGUGAAGCUGACUUUGAUGCAAGCAUCAGCUCUGUAAUAGAAAAACAACCACGUCACAGGAAAUACUUGACAAACAUCAUGGAUGAAAUUCAUACGCUGAAAUUUGAGAAAAGAUGCCAGUUCAUCAUACUCUACGGGCUGAAGGACGACACGGUCAAACUUGUUUCUUGACACAAACAUUAACAGAACAAGUGUCAUAUGUACAAUAUUUAUUCUUACCAAAGCUAGGGAAAUGGAAUCCAGUUACCUCUUGGAAAACAACCCUUCUACAUUUUUCUCAUCCACACCUUGACAUUCAUUUUUAUUUUUCCCAUCAAAAAAAAGAAGAAAUUAGAUCAAGGUAAUCACCAACUGUUAGUUUGAACUGACUGAUCCAAAUCAAAACUGUUGUCUUUUGUUGAUUUUUAAGCAUGUUAAGCAGGCCUUUAAGCUGCUUUGCUUUUGUUUGAAUUAUAUAUGUUUAGUAUAUGCUUUAAUACAAGACGAUAGUCCCAGGAAAUUAUACUGCUCAUCUUUUGAUAGGGAUUUUUGAGUGUCCAGGCUGGGCCUGAAUGUGACUGAUUGCUUGGAGAUGUUGUCCUACAAAUAAUACUGGUAUUCAAUAUUGCCAUUUACCUGACAUUUUCUGUAAGAAACACAAACGGACAAGGUAGUAUAAAGACACUGUUUAACCACUGGACAUAAGGUUCUAUACCGAAACAUUGUCUUUUCAGUAAAUAAAGAAGUUGUUAUCCAUAAAUUAUCUCUACUUUGCCACUGGACAUGUCAGUUUCAGAAAACUUUUAGACACUGUUCAGACAUGUCUACAUGGCUGACAAGUAGCCUCUUUUAGCUCACCUUACUGAAAGUCAUGUGAGUACAUGUCAUGGCCUGUUUGCAUCAUCGCAUGAAUAUCUCAGAAACCACUAGACCAAUGAAGCUGAAACUUCACAUACAUUGUUCCCACCAAUAAUAACAACCAAUUUGUUCAAGAAAUUCAAUCCACGUCAGCCAUAUUAAAAAACCUAAUUAUGGCCAUUAUUCAGCCAUUUUUUUUCAAAAUGUAAAGAAAUUUGAUACAUAUGUAGUUGCACUCUCCUAUGUUCCAUGCAACCACCAUAGUACCUCUGCCACAGGCCAGCACCAUGUGAUGAUUCGUCACAUCUUAUACACAAUGCAUUCAAAAUAUUGCAUAUGUUUUUCAUCUGUUUCAAUUUUUUAAACGUCUACAUAUCUACAUAAACAUAUGUCAUAAAAUGCUUAACUUUCAUUGAAAAAAUACACUAAAUUGUGAAAAACUACUUCCAUUUGCGUAGUUAUCCUAUGUUAACAUUGGUUGUACGGCUGCAGGUGCUGUCACCGAAGCCCUACGGAGAUCACUUUGGUGUGUAAAUAUACUGAGGGAAACAAACAAGGGAACACCAUUUCAUUUCAUAGCUUGGGAACAAAACCUAGAAAACAAUAAAGGAGCACUUGUAUUUUCAUGUGUUCCCUUAUUUGUUUCCCUCAGUAUAUGUAUUGUCAUGCAACUCACUGUCGCAGUUGUAGUAGCAUAUUUAUAUAAUUAUGCAAAACAAUAUGUAAAGCGCCCCUAAAUACUUGCAUUAGGUCGUUCUAUUCUGAUGUCUGAAAAAGCGUGUUUGUUUACAAACGAGAAAAGUCUGGUCAUCUGAUAUGCAAAUUAGCCUGUGGCAGUGGUGUUAUGCUAAGUCACCACUGCGCCGGAGUGUGAUGUAGUUAGUAAAGGUGAACACAUUCCCAUUUUAACAAUAUUUUAGAUUGUAAACUUUAACAUCAACCAUACUUCAUAUAGACAUUACUUUUAACGUUGAUGUUUUUGUGUUCAAACUGUAAUGAAACGUGGUGUGUGGGUAGUUAGUAGUCAGGCUCAACACACAUUCCGUUUUUGCCUUUUUUCAAAUUUUGACCUUGAUUUUACCUUUGCUCUUUGACCAUGCUUCUAAAUUCUCUCACAAUGUAUUUCUCUCAAACAUCAGAAACCACUGAAGCUGAAACUUGUGAAACUUUUCCGAGUCAAAUUUAUUUUCAGUAUGGCCACUGACAGCAUCUUUUGUUUAGUGGCUUUGUUGACAUUUUAAAACUGUGGACUACAUUGCUAGGUGAGCUACAGUGGCAUGGCACUACUUUUCUUUCUUAUACUUGCAAGUUUUGGACUUCUGACAUGAUUCACUACAUGAACAUGGCUAAAAUGAGUAAAAAGGACGAUUUUUUCUAACUUGAAAUGAAAAAUCUAAGUAUGAACAAGGCUGUCUUAUAUAUGUCCUGUGAAAAUCAGGAGUCAAAUAUUAGAAAACAGUAAGUGAUUUUAGAACUACAUAACACUUUGAUAUUUUGGCCGAAGGAAAUCUACCCACAUUUAAGGUUAAUGUCACAUUCAAAAUAAUGACUGGAUUUAUUUAUUGUAAUUCAAUAUCAUUUGGGUUGAUGAAGGUGAAAUCUUCCUUUAGAGCCUCACUUUCGAUGUUAUAAAUAUAGACAUGUGAAGGUCACAUAGUAUAUAAUAAAAGGGGGGUGUUUGCUGCAAUCUGAUUGGUUGAAAAUUCUUGUUAAAUAGGAUCAUAGCAUUCUAGUGUGGCAUCUUGGAGCGUACUAUGGAAGAUUACUGAUAACUUUUGUAUUCUACAAUAUUGAUAAGGGACCGGUCAUUUAUUAUAUGGUGGGAUGAGUCAGAGGGAAUCAGGGAGGGUCAUAAAAAGUUUUACACAUAUUUGGGGAGGGUGAUGAAAAAAUUGACAUUUUAUAAUAAAAUAUAAAGUGCUUUUGCAUAUUGUCUUUUCAGGGUGGGUCAUGAAAAAAAUGUACAAGGACAUGGGGAAGGACAUCCAAAACUAUGACGAGAAUUACAGGAGGGUCAUUAUUUUCAUUACUGCAUCAAAAGCCUCUGACCCACCCACCCCUGCAAUAAAUGACAGGUCCCUAAAUAUUGUUUCUUCAGAUGUCAAUAAAUAUGUUUUCAGAGAUGGCCAUCACUGCUGGUUCCAAAUGAAUUGUUCAGGAACUGAAUAUUUGUGGGGUUAUGUUGAAAAUACGAACACUUCUCUUGUUAAGUCGGUUGUUAUUCGUUACCUGUAUAUCCAACUUAUUUGUUCCUGAAACAUAAUUGAAUGUUUUUAUUGCUCAGUUCUUUGUUGUACAUGUUGUACAGGACCACAAUAGUUACUGAUCUGUCAGUUGAGAAUUUAUCAUUAUGUUGUUGAUGUACUGUGUAAUAUAUUUGCCUCAGUGCAGUGUAUAGAACUUGUCUGAAUAACUAUGUCAUGUUUGUUGUCAUGAGUCCUGGCAAAAGGGACAAAAGUAAGUAAGACAGGGUAACAUUAAAUGAUAAUGGAAAGCAAAAGCAAUCUUUGUGUUAAACAGUGUAACAAGUCUGAUCCUUUAUACAAUAUGAUAACACUGCAUGAAGAUCUGAGGACAAACUCCUACAGACGUUGCUUCAGGGGCACUUUCUAAUCGGCAAACUGGCAUCAAGGCUUCUAAAAACUUGGUACAUGUGAGUGAAGCAUUCAAACAAGCAUAUCUGAUUUCUGAUCUUGAAACCAAAUAUAAUCAAGGAGUUCCAAAUGCAAAAAGUGAAGUACAGUCAAGUCCCGUUAAUCCGACAUUGUUGGUUGCAUAUGAUUUUGUCCGAUUAACGAGUAUGUUGGAUAAACGAAAUUAGGUAUUAUCAACAUUCGUGAACAAAAAUUGGACAAGUACACGAUAGAUAACAAUUCAAACAUGUAAUAAAAAAAGGAAAAAGGAAAUAUUCAUAUUGUUGUGUUACAUUGUUCGCGGAAUAUGUUUUCUAAUCAUGCAACCUGUAAAGUUUAACACAAAACUACUGUUACAGACUGAAUGACUGAUUUAAAAUACCUUUUAAAGCAUAGUCUGGAAUUGAAGUCGCCAAUUUGAAACUAGUGUCGCAAUGCUUAGAAAGCUGCUUUCUUAGUGGCUAAUGUCAAGUGUAGAACCAUUUUGCUUUUGUGGAUAUUAAUUCUUCCUGUCACAUCUGAUUCUGAGUGCAUCCACACCCAAAAGGAUGUCUUAUUGACAUAUUUGUGUUCUGUCAGUUUUCUUUUAAGAUCAAAAUUUCCAAAGCAUUGGGGUAAAGAAAUGAAGCCAAAUCAGUUUAGAAAGCUGUCAUCUGAUUGGCUCAAGAGCCAAUUUAUUUUUCAUUUAAAUUGGUGGUCAAAGUUCACCCAGGGUUCCCGACACAUCCUCCUAUGGAAGUGUCCUCCGAUCUUCAUGCAGACAUCAUAUCAGAGUAAAAGAUCUGAUUUUAAUCAUUGUAUAAUUGAUGGUGCUAAUAAUAAUGGUGUAAAUAGGCACAUUGUUAUCCAAUAACCUUGAUUAUGACCAAGUUAACAUUAACGAAAUAGCAAUUACAGUGUAACAUUUGCAGUAGUAUAGCAAUAUAGAUGAUUGUUUUAGGAUUUAAUGUGUUUGAGGUUAGUGAAGAAUGUUGAGGUUAUGGUACUCUUCUGAUGGAGGAAGGAAACUAACACUUCAGUCGUACUUAUGUCACUAAUUUUCAACAUUAAGCAGCUGAAAGAAACCUUUGGUUUUUGGUUUGGUUUAAUAAAUUAAUAUUUAGAUUCAAGUUACAUUUGAGGUUUUGAGGGUACAUGAAUAAAGUCUAUAAAUUAUGUCUGUGUAGGCUGGGGAUAUUUGAUCUUAAUGAAUAUGAAACACGUAGGUUUAAUCUUCUUCAGACACCAGUGAGUGAGUAUGGUUUUACACCAUUUUUAGCACUAUUCCAGCAAUAUCACGACGGGGGAAUCAGAAAUGGGCUUCACACAUUGUACCCAUGUUGGGAAUCGAACGCGGGUCUUUGGCGUGAUGAGCAAACCUUUUAACCACUAGGCCACCCCACUGCCCACAACUUGAACUGGUUCAACUUUGAAUUAAAUCUCACACAGUUAGUAUUAGCAUUUAACAUGUUGGUAUUCAAAAAAUUAUUUAAUGAACAGUUCAGGCUGUGAAUAUAUAAAUUAUUGUGCAGUGUCAGUGUAGUGCUUAGAUGUGGUGAAUAAAUGAACAAAUAUAUUUACAAGGGGGAUAACCGGUACUUAUUGACUCUCAUCAUGUUGAACAAUACAUGAAGAAUCAUAUCAUGCCAAAUGACAAUAAAGUAUUAACUGAAAAA